AUGUGGCCCCUCUGCUUCAUCUCCGACAGGCUGUUCAGGGUGCCGGGAGACGACGCCGGCGACGGCGACGGCCCGGGCGCGCCGCCGCCCCCCGACGGCCGAAUCCCGCUAGCACGCCGAUCCUACUUCAUCGAUGUCCCUCACGUGCAGCAGGCCUUCACCUGGGACUGCGGCCUCGCUUGCGUGCUCAUGGUGCUCAGGACCCUGGGCCUUGAUUGCUGCCACGGCAUUGCCGAACUCGAGAAGCUCUGCCGCACCACAAGCGUCUGGACAGUCGACUUAGCAUAUCUGUUACACAAGUUUUCAGUUAAUUUUUCGUUCUUUACUGUGACUAUUGGAGCAAAUCCGCAGUAUUCUGCAGAAACCUUUUAUAGGGAGCAAUUGCAAGAAGACAUUGACAGAGUUGAUGAGCUGUUUGGCAAAGCACUUGAUGCUGGAAUCAGUAUUCAACGCAGAUCCAUCAGUGCGUAUGAUAUUGCUUUUCUAAUCUUAUCUGGGCACUGCAUUGCAAUUGCUCUAGUGGAUAAAUCAAAGUUAAAUUCCUCUUGGAUGAAUGAUGUGCAUGAUAUGCAACAGUUUGACGAGGAUUCAGAUUACAUGGGGCAUUAUGUUGUAAUAUGUGGCUAUGAUGCCGAUGCUUGCGAGUUUGAGAUAAGGGAUCCAGCCAGUUCUAGAAAGCGUGAAAUGGUGCCCAUGAAAAGUUUAGAUGAGGCCCGCAAAUCCUUUGGAACCGAUGAGGACAUUCUUUUGGUGUCCUUGACUGGAAAAAACGGGACGAAGUUGUCGCAUAAACUCCCGGUCGGCUCUCCAUAG